AUCUUGUCAUAAAAACAAACAUAACCCCACAUUUUAAUAACACAAAAAUGAGUCAAAAAAUAUCGUCGUGUUUAAAAACACCGUUACCUCAAACGAAUUUAAAAAACAUCCCAGAUUCUUCAAUCGAAACAAUUAAAUCGUUUCUCGAAGAAAAGCUCCCCGAAAGUGAGCGAAAAGACAUCGAAGAUGGCCUAAAUUGGAAUUUAUACUUAGACAAGAAUAAAACGAGCAAAAAACCGAAAUCGGUUCGUAAAAAAUUGUUAAAAUGCAAAGAAAGGAAAAAGAUAUUCGGAAAAUUACCUAAAGACGGAUGGAAAUACGAGAAAUUACUCGAAAUGAACUCAAUGUGGAAACAAUACGUUUUAAACACUUUAAAUGGAACGGAUAAGAUUAAACGGUGUAACGAAGGGGAUUUUAAUCAAUUUUGUAUGAAUUUAAAUAAAAUUGAAUUAAUUGGGGCUGAAAUUAAAGUUGUCAGAUCAAAAAAUCCAGGUUAUAUUGGUAUUGAAGGGAUUGUUGUCAUGGAAACUAAAUUUACUUUAAAUAUUGUUUGUAAAUUGACGUUUAAAUUAAAAAGUGUUUUAAAAGAAAGUUGCGUUUUUGAGAUAUGUUUGGAUUCAUUUAGGUUCAGUUUUUUUGGGAAACAUUUUUUGACACGGCCUGGUGAUCGAAGUGUUAAGAAGAUUAAAUAUUUCUCCUUGAGUGAUUUAUAAUUUGUGUUAAA